AUGGGAGAAAAUCCACAGUUUACCCAACCAUGGCCUUAUCCUUAUGAUCAAAGUCAGCAACAGUAUUUGGCACCUCCUGGAACUCAAACAGCAGAUUACUCUAACUAUUACUCUGCUGCUGCUGCUUCUCAACCUUUUCAGUAUCAAACUCAAUAUCAAUAUUCUAGCACACCUGUUGCUUAUACAAACGCAGUUAAUGUUUCUACUGUGUUUGGUCCUCCAGGGGUAACACCACAACCCAAUCCUACAGCUUUUCAACCUAAUCCACCAGGUGUAAAUGCAAACACUUCGUGGUAUUCUUCAGCAGCAAUGUCUGCUCCCGUACCUUAUCAAACUAACAUUUAUCCUACAGCUUCAUACGAUCCUAAUCAAUAUUAUCAAGCGCAAACAUACUCAAAUUAUCAGGUUCAAGCAGCUUCGUAUCCUACUUUCUCAACAGUUUCCGCACCUCCUGUUACCACUAAUCCGAUAAUAACCCUUGGUCCUCAAUCAUCUGUUGCACCCAUUGCCGAAAUAAUUCCCACCACAACAAACAAGAUUACCACUAAUAAUGUUAGUCAAGGUGAAAAGCCGAAUACAAACGACAUUCAUCAGACUGCUUCUGGUAUAGCAAACUUGAACGUAAAUCCCAAUGAUAAUAUUACAGGAACUGAAGAUGCAAAAUCAAAACCAUUAUACCGUUCAAUAAAAACGCGAGGGAAUACGAAUAAAUCAUCUACGAAGAUUAAUCCGUUGCUAAGUCCGAAAUCAGAACCUUCAAUACAAAAUCCAUCAGAGAAACAACCGGAGAGUCGAGAAUGGCCUGAAAGUUUAAAAGAUUAUGUUCAGCGAAGUUUCAAUGCCGCACCACAUAAUAUUGAUGCAAUUGAGAAUGAAUUAAAAAGAAUAAUUACGACUAAAUUAUCAGAAGGCGCGUUUUAUCAAACUGAUUGGACAAAAGUAGAAUUACCGAAAAGUUGCAGCGUAACUAAAGAAAAGGAUAAUAAACGAAGAUUCUUUAAAUCAUCUAGUCGCUCUCCGGAGAGAAAUUUGGUUGAAAAUGAUCGUGAAUUUCAAAAAAGAGAAAAGCGUGCCAAACGUUUUCAAACUGAUAAGAAUAUUAAAUCAUGGGGAUCUCCUUCCGCAGAAAACGAUCCUAUGAUUACCGAUUUGGAUUAUACUAUUGUCGGAACCUGUCAGAAUCUUGAAAAAUCAUAUUUAAGAUUGACUUCUGCUCCUGAUCCAUCUACUGUUAGGCCUAAGCGCAUAUUGAAGAAGACUCUCGAAUUUUUAAAAGAAAGAUGGGUCAGAGAAGAGAAUUAUACUUAUAUAUGUGAUCAGUUCAAAUCAUUACGACAGGAUUUAACGGUUCAACGUAUCCAAGAUGAGUUUACUGUAAGAGUUUACGAGACACAUGCUCCAGAAUUAACAGAUGAAAUGAAAAGAGAUGAAUCAAUAAAACACGCAUUAGAGGUUAGAUCCACUCUGGCUACUGCCAAUUAUCAUAAGUUCUUUAAAUUAUUCCGUAAAGCACCUAAUAUGGGAGCUUAUCUCAUGGAUCAUUUCAUUGAAAGAGAAAGAAUAGCUGCUCUAACAGUAUUAUGCAAAGCUUUCCGGCCUAAUCUUGACCUCGAGUUUAUAAGUUCUGAAUUAGCUUUUAAAGAUCAUGAUGAAUGUAAAGAAUUUCUUAGUACACAUAAUGCUUCUGCUUUCAUAAAUCCAAAUAACACUUUAAACACUAAAGACGCUUACAAAUAUAUUGAAGCAAGUGGCAAAAAGUUUGAGAAAGUUGAUAUCAAAGGACAAAUUUGA